CAGACUUACAGUCAGCAGUCACCACGAACUGCCCUGGAUUAAGAGGUUUUCUGUUACCAUAUCAGAUAACCUGCUUCAAUCUUGUGUUUAACCUAAUUUACUGCUGUAGACAGAGGAUUGAUCUGGAAUGGAAUGGAUCUGCCAGAAGAGAUCCUUGCACAUAUCUUUUCUUUCCUGCCUUUACAGGACAAAUGCAAUGCAUUUAUUGUUUGUAAGGCUUGGUCUAAUAUCAUGACACAUCCAAGUUCAUGGAAAGAUACUGAAGUCAGGUGUGAGUCGGGAACCAGUGUCCCUGACAGAUAUUCCGAUCUUCUCCCACUGGUCAGAAACUUGAAACUGAGGAUAAGUCUGACUGAUUUAGCCAAUCGCAAAAAUGCACUGUGGGUGCUGCAGCAGGCAGUUGCCGGAGGUGAUGGGCGGCUGGAAGGACUUUCCAUUUGUUGUGUGGCAAACCCUCCCCUCUUUUAUGCUGGGCAGGACCUGCAGCAAGGCUUAGUGGACAUAUUGACCAAUGGGUCAUCCUUAAAUUUUGACCUAAAGGGUGUGCCCUUCACCCUCAGCGACUCCUUCGUUAGGAGUGUAGCCAUGCUGUGCCCUGCUCUGAAAAGUCUUUACAUUAACAAUCAGUCUCUGGUGUGUGGCGUCACAUCUGAGACUCUGAGGCAUGUGCUGAAGAGUUGCCCAUCACUCAACGUUCUUGGAGUUUUUCAGGCCAGCCUAUCACAAGACGUCUUCGAAGAUCUCAUGUUGCCCGAGCGGCCAGCGCUAAAGAAACUGGAGCUGCGUUGCGAGCGCUCACUCAAAUACACCGUGCCUCUGUGUGAUCAGAUAUGGUUAGAGGUUAAGCGGAGACAUCCGCGACUCUGUGUGGAACUUGAGCUGGACCACACCCUGCCCGAACUGCAUGUCCCUGGGGUUCUGCAGCCCAGCAUCCCUGUGCGCUGUCUUCGGCUGCUCACCUGGACGCUUCUGCUGGAUGAGGUUCGGAUAGUCGGGCAGUGUUACGCAGACACUUUGGAGGUCCUGGAGCUGCAGACCAUCCCGUCUCCUGAUCUCAACUCUGAGCUGAUAGUCUUAGCGCAGAGGUGUGUCCGGCUCCAGGAGGUUCACUGUUAUUGUGUGGUCUCGCAAGAAGUGAUAACAGCCUUCAUCACAAACUGUCCAAAUCUCUGCAGAUACACACUCAAAACACAUAAAGAACCUCAUCCCUGGACUUGUACAAAAGUGUACUAAACCAAAGUGAUCUCAACCACGUAUAGUUUCAUGGUGCAAGUCAGACAAUAUAUGGUCUAGUGGUUGAGUUGAAGAUCAUUUUGUUGUCCAACAUCGAAGUCUGGUUAACAUCAAAGUCUCUGCCUCCAGUACAUAAUUAAAGUGACCUAAAAUAAAGUUAUGCUACUUUGAAGGUUAACACUUUUGGUUUGGAGGUCUCCUACAAUAGGUUUACAGCCAUCCAUGGUCCAAAAAAAGUCUCGUAAUAUACAGUACAUUUUACAUCACGCUAUCAUCCUAUUUAUCAUCACAUUUUGGAGAUUCCAAAAGCUUUAGUUCACCCAAAAAUACACUUUCUAUCAAUAAUUACUCACAUUCAUGUCAUUCCAAACUCCAAUACCUUCAUUAAUUUUUGGAACACAAUUGGAGAAAUGGAUAUUUUAGAAGAAAUCAAAUGUUCCCUGAUCCUCUAAAUACAGAAAUUCUUAUGGUCCCGACUAUGGUCUAGCAAAGUACCAAAAAAAAAAAUCAAUGACUUCAAUGGCCCAAUCGAAGUAAAACAAAAAUAAAACAAAAUAAUGUGCAACCCAGAUGCCCACUGAACUUAACUGAAUGUCACAGGGCUGUUGCGGUCUAUAGAGGACGAAGGUGCUCUCAGAUUUCAUACAAAAAUAUCGUAAUUUGUGGUCUGAAGACAGAUGAAGGUCUCAGGGGUUUGAAAUCACAUGAGGGCGAGUAAUUAAUAAACAUUUUUGGGAGUAAACUACCCCUUUAAUGGUUUGUCUGAAGAUUAGGUUCUUUCAAAAUCUUUCAGUGAGCGUAAUCUGCUCUGAUUGGUCAGAUGCACAGUCUGUUGGGGUUGGUGUAUAAUUAUAGUGAGUGUCAGGAACUUAUUGACCGUUAUUGAAUUUAAACUUGAGAUAUUUUUCAGUCCCGUUAAUUUUUUCCAUGAUACUUUAUUCAUUUGGUUAAGUCAAAAUUUACACUGCAAAGGUGGCACUAAAUUGCCGUCUUUACAUAAGCUUUUUUUAAUGCUACUCAGAGAUCGCAUAAAUGGAUUUGCACGGAAAUCACAACGGUUAUUGUAAACUUUGAUACUAUUGGCUGCAGUGAGUUACAGCACACAAUUUAAUCUGACUUUAAAGUGGCAUUCACCUUGAAUCUAGAGCAUCAUUAACUCAGCUGUGUGAAGAUGCAUUGAAUGUACUAUUUGGGAGUUUCUUUUUGGAUUAUUCAGUGUGAACUGGGAUAUACAUGUUUGAGAACACACUAAUAAUCUAUUUGUUUAUAACCGGAAAUAAAGGCUUAUGGUUUUGAAAGCAUUUCAAACUAAGAACUACUUUUAGGCCUAAUCAAAUAAGUAGAUUUAUGGCACUCAUGUGAAUUCCUUAUAAAGACAGUUGAAUGUUCUUUUUUCCAUUUAAUGCAGAAUAUGUGGCUCAAAAAGGAGACAAAUAAUAUAUUAAGAGAUUCAGAAAUGUACAUUUUUAAUUUGUAAUUCACUCAGAAUGGAGAAUGCACAUCAAAGAAUAAUCAUUUUCUUAUCAGUUUCUCACCAUCUUGUCAUUUUAAACCUGUGACCAGGGAUGCUCAACCCUGUUCCUGGAGAUCCACCUUCCUGCAGAGUUUAACUCCAACCCUGUUCAAACACAACAAACCAAGUCAAGCUGCAGUCACACUGGAGUUUGAGCUUGCGAAAAGGGGUGGGAAUAAACAAGAUGAUUAGACAUUCAAAAAAGCAAGCGAUUGCUCCAUAUUUUACAUUUCUGUACAGAGAGGUCAUGUUUUGAUCCUCGAUUGGUCUCACACAAUCAUGUGAUGCGAUUUCACAGAUCAGAGUUCACCAAGCUUUCCAACGCAGCGAUCUGCGAAUCUUCCAGUCUGAUGCAUUCAAGUGCGUAUGAAUGGAAGUCUAUGGGGAGAAAAGUCCAGUGUGACUGCAGCUUCAGUAGGAUCUGAAGGAGUGCUUGGUAAUUAAAGAUGGGUGUGUCUGAGCAAGGUUGCAGCUAAACUCUGCAGGAAGGUAGAUCUCCAGGAACCCUGGGCACCCCUGCUGUAGACCCUAUCAAAUAAUCAAACAAUGUCAUUAAUUGUUCGUUAUUUAACAUUUAUUGACAUACUGUAAGAGAACAGAUGGGUUUUUUCACAACCAAAUGAUUACAUUUCAUUAUGAGCAGAUUAUUACAAGGAUAUUUUGUGCUUGGAAGUGAACACCUUAAAUCAUCUGUCUCAAACUGGAUUCCUGGAGGGCCGCAGCUCUGCACAACUUUGCUCCAACCCUGAUCAAACACAGCCGAUCCAACUAAUGAAGGUGUUCAUGACUCUUUUGAACAACUUAAUUAUUUGGAUCAGCUGUGUUUGAUAGAGUUGGAGCAAAACUGUGCAGAGCUGCGGCCCUCCAGGAAUUGAGUUUGAGACCUAUGCCUUAAAUAUUGAAAAAAGAAAGUGCCUUGUUUUUUGUUUGUUUAUUUGUGUGUGUGUGUGUGUGUGUGUGUGUAUUGAGCUCACGGUGUUCCAGAAAUGUAUGGCCAACGCACUAUCCUUUCACAAGCUCGCAUACAGCCAGUCAGCCAAUCAAACGUUUGGUUUUCUCUCAUGAUUCGAAGUAGUUGAAAGAGAAGUCAUAAAAGGCUGUGGUGUGGCUGGCGCUGCUGUUAUUGAUAUGUUUGAUGAACUUGAGGGUGUCUUUGUCUCUGUAGACCAGAGCGAGGGAAUUAUCUUCAGGGUACACUGUCAAGAGCUACACAAAGAAAAAAUGAUCGGUCUGCUGUGUUUGUUAAUGUCAUAAUAUAAUAAAUCACUGAAUGUAAACAAA